GUGCGGACUCGCAGUGGUACACGUACUACUGCCACUUGGACAACAGUAGAUUUUCGCAAAAAUGGGCAGUAAACAGCGUUUUAACUUCACAAUUCAGGUUGACGAUGUGGAUGAGGGAACGAGCGAAUGUGUUGUGUUACAAAUUCAUUAUCACAAACAGCAACUUUGGAAAAGAAAGGCGAAACAAUUUAUUCUUGCUGUGAAAAAAGGAGCCAAAAUCGUAUUCGGCGCCAUGGAGGGUGCAUCGCAUCCAGAACCUCCUGAACUUCCUGAGACCCCCGAAUAUUCUGAACCUCCUGAACUUCCUGAGACCCCCGAAUAUUCUGAACCUCCUGAACUUCCUGAGACCCCCAAACAUUCUGAAUCCCCUGAACUUCCUGAGACCCCCAAACAUUCUGAACCUCCUGAGACCCCCAAACAUUCUAAACCUCCUGAAAAUUCUAAAUCCCCUUACUUGUGCUGGGAGGGGUUUCACAAACACACACCUGAAGUCGAUUCUAAAGGCGCUGAUUUUUUGUUCAUGUGAUGCCGUUAUAAACGUAGAUUUGGCGGUGUCUUGAAGUAUAUGUGACGUCACCUUGAUGUGAAUUAUAUGACGUCACGGUGUAACAUGUGGAGUCAUCUCCGACCUGGAAAACUGAAGGUACUUUCACAUGUCAAGGCUUGCGACCUGUAUAGCAACCGUUUUUGAAGUUCAGACAAAUUAAGGGUUAUAUAUACAGGAGUCUGCGUCAGGAUUCUACG